AUGUCAGUAAAUGCCAGAGGCACCUUCUUAGCUUCUAAGUAUGCCAUUCCACACCUUAAGAAGUCUAAGAAUCCACAUAUUCUCACUAUUUCACCACCUCUCGAGGAGAUAACUUCACAAAAAACUAAUUGGUUUGCUCAACAAGGUACAGGCUAUACACUAUCAAAGUUUGGGAUGACCUUAGUCACCCAUGGGCUAGCAGGUGAGUUGAAAGAAGAUGGUAUUGGUUGCAACACUCUUUGGCCAAGAACAGCGAUUGCCACAGCAGCAGUUAAAAAUCUAUUAGGAGGCGAUGCCACUGUUGGCAAAUCAAGAAUACCUGAGAUAAUGGGUGAUGCUGCUUAUGUCAUUUUUACAAGUUGUUCUAAAGCAACUACCGAUAAUUUCUACAUCGAUGAUGAGAUUCUAGCUUCAAUGAAUGGUCCAGAUAUGAAGAAAUAUAGAGUAGACUAAAAAGUCUAAGAAAUUGACAUGAUCCCAGAUUUCAUGGUUUGA